AUUAAAUUUAUACAAAUUUUUUAUCAUCAUGGGUAUCACAAAAUCUUUGAUGAUUUUUUUUCACAUUGUCCUAUUAGCAGUUUCGUUGUCCAACAAUAUCAUUUUAACUUCAGGUGCGGAAACUACAAAAUUCUCAUAUGAUCAUUGCUUCCAUUUAUGUGUGGAGGGCGAAUACGGAUCUCGUGAAUGUUUCGUGGAUUGUACUCAAAAGGGAUUUUGGCAUGGAGUUUGUGCAAACAAAACUACUGCCAAAGAUCCUAUUCAUUGUUGUUGUUAUAACUGAAAACAGCUAUUAGUCCUUAUAAUGCUAAUGAGGUUCACAAACAAAAAAUAAAAAUAAAAUUAAAUAAUAGUUUGAUUAUAAAGAAAAGAAAAUUGAAUCAAUCAAAACAAAA